AAGUAGUAACCGGGACCAACGGCUUAACCCUGACACCAGGAUUGGUGAGGUUGGUAAUCCACCUCACAACCCACACGAUAGAAGAAGAGAUUGAAAGUGUCAAACUUUUUCACAAAUAGACAUAAGUACCACCACAAAACUUAUCGGGGCAGUCACAAACUACCAAAACACAUCUUGCAGGCAACUUGUAAAUGAAUAAGUUGUCCUAAGAUGAAUAUGAUGGAUGAGCCAUAUGGUUGUAGGUUACCAACCUAAUACCCUUAUAGUAUAGAUCAUAAUUUUAAAAAGGGCAUGCCUAAUGGUUUAGCUGACUUUAGGUCAAAAGCUGGGUGCAUUCUAUUUUAUUUGUUCCCCUUAAUCCAACUUAACAUUAACCUGUACGAUUCGCGUAGGUACUCUAUCAAAGUCAUAAAAGUUAAUAUUGGUUUUGAUUUAAGAAUUUCCAUAUUUCUGAUUCAUAUGAGCGCCCUUGACGUCACCAAUCACCUGAUAAGCUACGAUCGAAAGUAUUACUAGGGCAAUCUUGUUCCAAUGCCCGAAAAUACGGGCCCUUACACGACAUCGUCAGUUGGUUUCCGACCGUCGCGCGGCCCGCCAGCUCUCACGCUAUAAGUACCAACAACCAAUCUGAUGACGAACAAUCAUAUUUACGUAGCCAUGGUGACAAAGGGCUUCGUUUUAUUUAAUAGACAAAUGACAUAACGCUCGGAGAAACAAUCCCCGUUUGUGAAGCCACAUGUACGGGCUUCGUUUUCUAAGAUGCUAUGGUGGAAACAGAUAGAGAGGGUGCAAUAUAACGUGAUGAUGAUCGAGAAGGAAGAAGAGAGGAAUAGACAGUACAAUGAGAAUGCAACGUUAACGCUCUCGCUGCCGACACGCGACCCUGUGUUGCAAGACAACCUACUCAUAGCUAACAUAGAGCAAGUUAAGUCGCUACAGGCGUCACUGUUUCCUAUAUGUAACAAAGGCACAUUUAUUUCAAACUUCCUACAAAACAACAUAAAGACUAACCUGUUAGAAAUAAACACAGAUAUAAGAACAUUUCGAACGACAGCGAAAUUAAAAGAACCACGGGAUCUCUUUGCACUCCCAAAAGAACUUGAUUGUCCUCAACAAGCACCUCGGUGGCCUUCAGAAUGUCAAGUUGUAGAAGAAAAGAUACAACAUAUAACAUGGACUCCAACAAAUCCAGAACCAUAUUACAUCUCCACGGGAAAAGAACUGAAACCACAGCCUGUAGGCGAAGAGGCGGGUACUGUAAUAUUUCAGUACUAUCCUAUGAGCGCCGUCAACUAUUUCAGUCGCUCUACAGUAGGAGGAUCUCGUUUAUAUCUAUCAGCUUGUGCCAGUGCUGGAGGUGGUGGAGUUGACGACGAAUUGCGUUUCGAAUCUCGCUUCGAAAGCGGGAACUUAGCCAAAGCAAUACGUAUAACCUCAGCAUAUUACGAACUCCAUCUACGAACUGACCUCUACACCAACAGACACAUGCAAUGGUUCUACUUCAGGGUCACAAACACGAAAAAGCAAACGAUGUACAGGUUUUCAAUAGUGAAUUUGUCAAAAGCUGAAAGCUUGUAUAAUGAAGGCAUGCGGCCUCUGCUAUAUUCGACGAAGGACGCACAAUUGCAUUCGAUCGGUUGGAGACGAUGCGGCGAUAACAUUGCCUAUUACAAAAACGAUUCCACAUGUGAGGAAGAGGAACAAUUUCCAAGCUACACGUUAACAUUCAACAUAGAAUUUCCACACAGCGACGACGCCGUAUACAUAGCACAUUGUUAUCCUUACACGUAUUCGGAUCUACAAGAAUACCUAUCAAGACUCCAAUCUCAUCCGAUCAAAUCCACUUAUUCGAAACUAAGGCUUCUUUGUCGAACGUUAGCAGGAAAUAACGUGUACUACUUGACGAUAACUGCUCCACCAAAUCCUAACGAAUUGGAACCAAAGAAAAAGAAAGCAGUAGUAAUAACAGCGAGAGUGCAUCCAGGCGAAACGCCUUCAUCGUGGAUGAUGAAAGGUUUCCUGGACUAUUUGACAGGAGACUCCAGCCAAGCCCGAGAGUUGCGGGAAAAGUUCAUUUUCAAACUAGUUCCUAUGCUGAAUCCGGAUGGCGUAAUCGUCGGUAACAACCGAUGUUCGCUGACCGGAAAAGACCUAAAUAGACAAUAUCGGACUGUAAUCAGGGAAACCUACCCACCCGUGUGGCAUACCAAAGUAAUGAUACGCAGAUUACAGGAAGAGUGCGGUGUGGCCUUAUACGUAGACUUACACGCACAUUCUCGGAAACAUAAUGUGUUCAUAUAUGGAUGCGAAAGUAGAAGAAAUUCAGACAAGAGAUUACAAGAGCAAGUAUUCCCGUUGAUGCUUCAUAAAAACGCCGCGGACAAGUUCUCAUUCGAAAAUUGCAAGUUUCGUAUACAACGCAGUAAAGAAGGCACAGGACGAGUGGUUGUGUGGAUGCUAGGAGUUGCAAACAGCUACACGAUGGAGGCAUCCUUUGGGGGAUCAGAACUCGGCAGUAGAAUGUCCACACACUUCUCUGUCCAAGACUACGAGAGCCUCGGAAAGACAUUCUGCGAGACCCUCUUAGAUUUCUAUGAUGAAGAUCCUAGCAAAGAAAGACUGAGAAACAAAAUCGUGACAAGACUGCUUAAAGAAGGUUCUAAUGCUGAUGAGCCGACAAACAUUGACCUUUCUGACUAUUCUAGUGACGAAGGAGACACUUCGAGUAGCAGUUCGGAUGCUGUAAGACAACCAGGUGACUUGCAACAAACCGCGCCACCGCCGUCACCAAUUUUUCCAGAUAUCAAUAGAAAUAUAAAUGACUAUUUGUUUUCGUCUUUACAACAGAAACCCAAGAAGCCACGACCAAGGUUGGAGAAAUCGAAACGUAUUGAGAAGAAGAAGGCAAAACGAGAAACUUUGCAGGUUUCAAGAGCCACGAUAGAUCUUACUUCAGACGGCAUGUCAGACGCAACGACAGACGAUGAGAUGUUUGAAGAGAAUCUUAGCCCCAUCAAACGAGUUCAUAAGCUUCUACAUAGUUCUUCAAAACCUAAGGCUAGGAGAAAAAAGAAAAUGCCACCAGAACUCAAGAUCAUUCGCGCACCGACGAGCGAUUCUCCUUACUAUUCAGACAGAGAAAAGAAAUCGCCAAAAUGUGGAAGACCGCGAAGCGUCUCGAUGAUAAAUGAACCGAUAGAGAAACCAAGGUUGACGCCAGCAUCUUGGCAUCAGUUCAGGCGGUUGCCACCGCCAAAAUGUCUUUCUGACAACAAGAACCGAUUUACACAGCCAUCAGAACUUCAAGUGAAACUGAAUUCCUUGAAGAAGAAUGUGUGGACUGGUGUACAUAAUGAUGAAAGAGGUCCACUGUCAUGGGGCAUCUCCACUUUUGCAAUGAAUUCAUACUUUACAGACAGCGAAGCAUUGUUGAGGUCAUGUUCCAAAAAAUUAGAAGAAUUGGAAGGAGAACGCAAGAAAAGUAAAGACGAGAAGAAAAAGAAGAAAGCCAAAAAUAAGAAGCUUUCUCUGAAAGUGCCAAGUUCAGUGGAUGAUAUUUUAGAACCAAUAAGUAAAUUACCUAAGGCCUGGAAGAAGAAAGGGAAGUUAAAACACACCAAAUCAGAGAAUUCUCCAUAUGUGAACAAUGCCAGUUUUACUGAUAUACCCAGAAACACACAGCCUUCACAAAAAACAAGUCCUGUAGUUAGUAGACAGGCAAAGACAAACUUUAGAAAAAGUGCUUUCGUAAUGACAGCAAUCCAAACUAAAAAAUCUGUUACAAAAACCAUCAACACUCUUAUAUCGGACAAUUCUGAUUCUGAAGACUCCAUACAAUCUACAAAAAAAGUAAAAAAGAAAAGUAAAACUCUAAAAACUAAAUCAAACAAGAUAAAUCUAGAAGGUAAAUUUAAGAACUGAUAUGCUGAAAAUUGCUCACUUUAUCUAUUUAUUACAUUUGUUUUAAGAUUGAUAAAAUAUUGUAAAUGUUGAUUAUUAUAUUAUGUUACUUAGAGUAAUGAAUUGUGUUGUAAUAACGAAGGAACUGAAUUUACUUUGCAAGAUAAGCCUCAUAGCUUUGAUCUAACCAUACUACGGAUAAGUGUUCUUACAUAUGUGGUGUUACAUAUCUAUUGAAUUGUAACAAAAAUAGAAAAUAUCUGUGUAUAACCAACUCAUUUAUAUUAAUAAGAAUGACUAAGUUAUACAAGAAAGUGAGUAAAAAUGUUCCAAUAGUUUAGAAUAGAUAUCUAAAAUAAAAAAAUAUGAAACAAUACAAACAUA